AUGGCUUUCGAGGCGCUGGCGGAGGCGGCGGAGCGGUGGUGCGCCCGCACGCCCUUCCAGCUCAUCGCCGCCGAGGAGACCGAGCGCCGCAUGGACUUCUACGCCGAGCCCGGCGUCUCCUUCUACGUGCUGUGCCCGGAGCCCGCCUGCGGCGACAAUUUCCACGUGUGGAGCGAAAGUGAGGAUUGCUUACCCUUCCUGCAGCUUGCCCAGGAUUACAUCUCCUCCUGUGGGAAAAAGACACUCCAUGAAAUACUGGAAAAAGUCUUCAAGUCCUUCAGGCCAUUACUUGGGCUUCCAGAUGUUGAUGACGAUGCAUUUGAAGAGUAUAACGCAGACGUGGAAGAAGAGGAACCCGAAGCCGAUCACCAACAGAUGGGUGUCAGUCAGCAGUGAUUGUCUGAGAUGCUGAAA